ACCCUUUGUGAAUAGUGAUAACAACAAGAGGUGGUUGUAGUUUUGGUUUAUGGUUUCAGAAUUUAGAAAGUAGAAGCGUUUGUUUCACAGUUAUUUUGUAUUAGUUUUAAGAAUUGAGCAGUGAAUAUAUUAUGUAAUGAUUUUUCUCUUGUUGACCAUGUUCAAUUUGUUUCUUCAAAAGACGAAGAAAAUGAUAGAAAAUAGGACACUGGACCAAAAUGCUCUCUCAUUUCAUCGAAAAAAUGUUAACGAAAACAAAAGUAACGUCACUCCACUCGAAGAAUUAGUUUAUGACAUCAUCAAGACCAUUAAAGAUCCAGAAAAACCUGCAACAUUGGAAGAUCUAGAAGUGGUUCAUGAAGAAGAUAUCUAUGUGACUGAAACACCAACGCAAAGCACCCGACUGAUUCGAAUAGAGUUCACUCCUACUGUACCUCACUGCAGUUUGGCUACGUUGAUUGGAUUAUGUAUACGAGUAAAAUUAGAAAAAAACCUGGCUGAAAGAUAUAAGUUGGAUAUCUAUGUUAAGAAAGGCACGCAUUCGACAGAAGAUGAAAUUAAUAAACAAGUCAACGAUAAGGAAAGAGUUGCAGCUGCCAUGGAAAAUCCCAAUUUACUGAAAAUCGUUGAAAAUUGUAUCGAAGAAAAAGAGUAAUUUGUUAUAUGUACCUAAUGAGUGUCAUUUUCAUUUGUGAUAAUGAUAAACCAUUGUAAUUAAUUUUUGUAAUAACUUAUACCUGGUUAUAUCAUUUAAAAUACGUUGUUGACUUUUAUCUAUUGUUUUUUCUAAACUGAAAUCAAGUUAUUUUCAACUUGAAAAUUUGUAUUCAAUUUUAAUUUUUGAAUUUUGAUGAGUAAGUGCAUACCCACCUAUAUUGUGCAAUUAUGUGUUUUUUUUUUCAUUAUUUAUUUGUAGAAUGAAAAUUGGUCCAUCCUCAUUUUGAAAAAAUAUAAAUUUUCAGUAACUUUCUGGAAGUUUUUGCAAGUUUUCAAAAUUGAAAAUAUAAAUUACGGUAAUAGAAAUUUAUCAUCCCUAUUCGAUGUUUUCUUUUUUUUUUUUUUGUGUGUUAACUGUGAAGAUAGGUAGUUUUUUGUUUUCAAUUUUUCAUGACUGUGUAAAGCCUUCAAGUCUGUAAUGUGAAUGGAAUCAAAAGAAAAAUUAUAAUUUCAUUGACGAAAA